AUCAUAGCGAACAGAAUGCGACAAAUGUGGCCUUUCACGACAAGCAAACAGACUCAACAAUAACGAAAUCGCAACCAUGAGCGGCCCCAUUAACAUUGCUUCUGAGUCCGAAUGGAGUAGUCUCCUCUCGGGUACAAAUGUGGUGAUCGCAGAUUUCUACGCCGACUGGUGUGGUCCCUGCAAGAUGAUCGCGCCUACAUUCGAAGCUCUCGCCAAAGAACACUCACGCCCGAAGAAGGUUGCCUUUGCAAAGGUCAACGUCGAUAACCAGUCCGGCAUCGCUCGAGCCCAAGGUGUUUCCGCCAUGCCGACCUUCAAGAUCUUCCACAAUGGCACCUGCAUCGAGACCAUCAAGGGCGCCAACCCUCCCGCUCUUACGGCGGCUAUCAAUAAUGCGGUCAAGCUUGGCGGACCAGCUACUGGCAAUGUUUUCAAGACUCCCGGGCGAACGCUCGGUGGCGAGUCACGAUCUGCCUCGCUGUCCAAACAGUGGAACUUGAAAGGCUUUUUCGAUGCUCUAAUAGCGUUCUUUGGACUAUACUUUGUUUCUUUGUUCACGUUUGACCCGUAUAAGUCAGCCGAAGAGAGCCCUUUCAACCUUCAUCGUAAACCAGCACCAAGAAACACUGGUGGUUCGCAGAGCGCCAGUGGUGCCAGAGCUCCUCCACGUUCGUCCUUCAAGACGUUGGCAGAUCUUGGUGGUGAUUAAGAGAAACUUCGGGCAUGGCGUUAAUCAGUAUAGGGCUCUACAUGGGCAUGGUUAUUCAAUCUUUUCAGGCGAACUUACUAUACAGUUCUAGAAUCAUUCGACUCGUUCAUAUGAUCUUGACUCUCCA